AUGUCGUUACUGGUAACAAACGUGCCGGUAUCCACCCGGAUCCUUUGCGGGGCGGUGGUGUUCAUCUCGGGGAUAAUAUUCAUUGUCAAGCUAAACGGUUUCCAGAGCGAGGUGGCGCAGAACCCCGACGUGAAGUUGACGUUCCAUGAUGUCCUCGUGCCCAACUUCCAAUUGAUUCCCAAAUCCACCUUCACCCAUCCGUGGGUGCUUGUCACGGCGAUCUUCGCCGAGAUCUCGGUGUUCUUCUUCUUCACGUCGUUGGCGGUGUUGUUUUUCGCCUCCCGCUACCUUGAGACCUUCUGGGGCUUCCAGGAAGUGGUGCAAUUUGUCUUGAUUGUGGGUAGUGUCACCAACCUCUGGACGGUGUUGGUGACGAUUGUGUCCAACAUUUUCCGUCUGGACGUGUUGGGGAUGAACAAGCCCCUUGGCGGCGGUUUGCCCUACUACGUCGGGUUCCUCGUGGCGUUGAAGCAAUUGAUCCCCGAACACAACAUCGUGUUGUUCCAAGGGGUGUUGCUGGUGCGGGUUAAGCAGUUGGCGUUCAUCGUCAUGUGCAUUUGCGCCGUGUGGUCGCUUGUGUUCCGCACGUUGUACCCGAUAGUCCCCUUCAUCGGGGCGUUCUUCACCGCCUACACCUACCUUAGAUUCUACCAGCAAUCCACGGCGGACUCGAUCUUGCCCAUCGCCGGUGGCAGUGACGCCAAUGUUCUCAUUGGCGAUGCCCUGGACACGUUCCGCAUCAUCGAGUUCUUCCCGUCGCAAUCGCGGCCGUACUUGGCCCCCGUCACCGACGGUAUCUACGAUGUGGCGGUCUUGGCCGGGAUCGUGUCGCCGUUCAACGACGACGACAUCGAACAAUCCAAUAUUCGGGCCCAGCGCCGCCACGAAGGCCACAAGCUGGCCGCCAACGCUGUGGCUGAGCGCCGCCGCCAGGUCGCCCUCCAGGUGAUCGAGGAUAGAAUCGCCGAAAAUAACUAG